AUGGACGGCAUUCAGCUUCGGGAUGAGGCCGUCAGAGAUCGCAUUCGCGCCGCCGAGGAGUUUUUGGAUCCGCGUAAGGAUACACGGACGAUGAUGAGCUGUCGUGAAGGCUGCUAACAGGUAGCAGAGGAUCCGCGAGCGCGCAGCUAUCAAGCAGAGAUCCUUCUCAUGCUGAACCGGGGAUUGCGACGACUCACCGUGAGCAUUGACGAGAUCCGAUCACACAGCAGAGAGAUCGCAGAUGGCCUGCUGAACCAACCCUUCGAAUACUCCCAAGCCUUUGACCGUGCGCUGUUCAACAUCGUGCAGACAUUGCGAAAUCGCGCCACACAGCAUGUCGACGAGGAGCAGAUGUACUACUGCGCAUACAUUGGCAGUUUUGGCGAGUACGCGUGCAAUCCGCGAACACUCUCCUCCAACCACCUAAACCAUAUGGUCUCGCUGGAAGGGAUCGUGACAAAGUGCUCGCUCGUGCGGCCAAAAGUUGUCAAGAGCGUGCACUGGAAUGAGAGGAAGGCGACCUUCCACUUUCGCGAGUACAGGGAUCAGACCAUGACCGCCAACGGUGCAGCGAGCACCAGCGUAUACCCCACAGAAGAUGGAGAAGGCAAUCCGCUUGUCACGGAAUACGGAUACUGCACAUACAGAGAUCACCAGACCAUCUCCAUUCAGGAGAUGCCGGAGCGCGCACCUGCUGGACAGCUGCCACGAGGCGUGGAUGUGAUCAUGGACGACGAUAUGGUAGACCGCGUGAAGCCAGGAGACAGGAUACAGCUUGUUGGUAUCUUCCGAUCCCUAGGUAACCGCAAUGCCGGCCAAGGGAGCUCAACGUUCAAGACUCUGAUCUUGGCCAACAACGUGAUUCUGUUGUCGUCCAAAUCAGGCGGCGGCAUCGCUCAGGCUGCAAUCACGGAUACGGACAUCAGGAAUAUCAACAAGAUCUCCAAGCAGAGAAGAGUAUUUGAUCUGCUCUCCCAAUCACUGGCUCCUAGCAUUUACGGCCAUGACUACAUCAAGAAGGCCAUUCUUCUUAUGCUUCUUGGCGGUAUGGAGAAGAACUUGGAUAACGGAACUCACUUGCGUGGAGACAUCAACAUUUUGAUGGUUGGUGACCCCUCGACUGCCAAAUCUCAGCUUCUGCGCUUCGUCUUGAACACCGCUCCUCUGGCAAUUGCUACCACUGGACGAGGAUCGUCUGGUGUCGGUCUCACGGCAGCGGUCACCACGGAUAAGGAGACCGGCGAGCGACGACUCGAAGCUGGCGCCAUGGUCUUAGGAGACCGAGGAGUGGUCUGCAUCGACGAGUUCGACAAGAUGUCCGACGUCGAUCGAGUUGCUAUCCACGAAGUCAUGGAGCAGCAGACAGUCACCAUCGCCAAAGCCGGUAUUCACACAUCGCUCAACGCACGCUGCUCCGUCAUUGCUGCAGCAAAUCCAAUCUACGGCCAAUACGACACACACAAAGACCCUCACAAGAACAUUGCCCUGCCAGAUUCUCUGCUCUCGCGUUUCGAUUUGCUCUUCGUCGUAACAGACGAUAUUGAGGAUGUUCGGGACCGACAAGUCUCGGAACACGUCCUACGUAUGCACCGUUACCGUCAGCCUGGCACGGAAGAGGGUGCCCCCGUUCGUGAGCAGCUCAACCAAACGCUUGGUGUUGGUAUCGAGGAAGAAGCCGACGCAAAUAAGCCAAGCGAGGUCUAUGAGAAGUUCAACCCCAUGCUUCACGCAGGUGUCACUGUGACCGUCGGUCGCGGCUCACAAAGAAGAACAGAAGUGCUCAGCAUUCCUUUCAUCAAGAAGUACAUCCAGUACGCCAAGUCUCGCAUGAAGCCAAUUCUGACAAAAGGCGCCGCGGACCACAUUGUUGCUACUUACAGCGCACUCCGAAACGAUGAAAUGGAGGGCAACCAACGCAAGACCUCUCCGAUGACUGCCCGUACGCUGGAAACUUUAAUUCGUCUAGCUUCUGCACACGCAAAGUCGCGACUGUCAAACAGAGUCGAAGAGAAAGACGCAGAGGUAGCAGAGGGCAUUCUGAGAUUCGCAUUGUUCAAAGAAGUUGUCGAAGAUGAGCGAAGACGACGCAAGAGGGCGCGACGAUCGCCUGAUCCCGACGCUAUGUCGACCGACGAUGAUUCUGAGGAUAGCGACGACGAUAAUGGGGGCGACAAGACCUUCCGAGCCAGUACCGGCCGGAGAUCGACGCGUACGCCUGGUCGGAGCACGAGAGGCACGAAUGGCAAUGCCAAUGGCAACUCGGCGGCGGGCGCAGAGGAAGACGACGAAGAUCUCUACAACUCCGCUCCUGCUCGGAGGGGUACCCAACGCACAACCCAGAGCAACGGCGCAAAUGGCUCCAGUCAGAUCAGUAUGGCUUCUUCCCAACCCGCCUCACAACUCCUACAGGACGAGUCUCAGGAGCAGCAAGACGGAGAAGACGAAGACGACACCGAGACUAGGCCCAUCACCGCAGCUCGUCUACAAGCUUUCCAGACUGCGCUCGGCCAACUCAUCGACGGUCCGCUGUUCGGCAACGAUGCUGCAGACGUGGAGCCACUCGUAGCCGCGGUCAAUGCAAGAUUGAGAAGCAGCGAGUCUGCUUUUGAGGACGCAGAAGCGAUGAAGGCUCUUAACGCUUUGAAUGACCAGAACAAGAUUAUGCUGAGCGGUGGUAUUGUGUACAAAAUCUAG